UUAGGGUAAGUCCUCUGGAACUUGACGAUAGCUAUCUGAUGGGCUAUUUUUUUUUUUCCUAGCAGGUUGUUUUGCAAAGGGGAUAAAAGAUGACAGACGCAGAUGGAAUCGAGCGCGGCCCGACCGCCACGCCGGCAGACUUUGUCAAGGCCCUUGAAAAAAAAGAAUUGGCACGACUUCAAGUGCCGAAAAUCGACAUCUUCCAUUUUAAAGGGGACAGAGUAUCUGAGUGGCUGGAGCUACUGGAACAAGUUACCGCCGAGGUAUUCGAAGAAGGCAAGUUCAAGUUCCUACCUCGAUACAUCUGGUGGGAAACCCGACCCGAGGUAAUGAAGGUGGUUGCUGGAGCAAGAGGAGACUGGGCUAAGUUCAAGGCAGAAAUGCAGAGGCGGUUCAAGCUAGGGGAUGGUUUAUUAACGAAGACAGACUUGGAGAUGUUACAACGAGACGAGUUCUCCACGGUGGGAGCUUUCGCAACGGCAUUUGAGAAGAUGGCAAAGAAAGUCCCCGGAUUGGCGGAAGAAGAACAGUGUGCCACUUUCCAGGGACACUUCAAGAAUUGGGAGGCCUCGUCGCUCACCAAGAAGGUUGCGCCAGGAAAGAAGCUCACUUGGGCCGCCAUAAAGGAGGGCGUGAUAGAAGGAGAGAUGGACCAAGUAGACAUCUUUCAAAUGCGACAGGCUAGGAAGAAGAGGAAGGUUUUGGAUGCCUCGACAAGUGAAGGGAGAAAUUUUAAGAGAAUGGUAGAGGAUGUUGUUGCCCAACUCGAUGCAGAAAAGAAGGCAAAAAGGAAAACUAUGGCGGCACCACAAACCCAAGGAAAAACAAAGAAGGCGGUGGUGCAAGAGGAGGAAAAAGAGGAGGAAGAGGAGCCUGAGCCUCAAAAGCUAACAAAGGCACAGAGGAAGGCCAAAAUCUGGCCCAAGGCGGACAAGGCUCAGGAAGAGGACAGACCCCGCAAGCAACAGCACUGCCUCCCCCGGAGUCGCAUGACCAGGCCGCGCCGGCACCCUAUGGGCCUUGGCCGGGUUAUGGAGCUCCAAGUCCUUGGCCUGGGCACUAAGGGUCACACCAUCAAGUUCUGUCAUAUCCGAAGGAACGAUAAAGAUGAAGGGUUGAUUAGUACCAACUAUGACGGUGACAUGUAUGAUAAGUUUGGAUACUACAUUGACCCAGAGAUCCCUGGUGGGUCGAGAAAGGAGGCCUUGAGACGAGUCGAGGCCGGCGAGCCGCCCGCUCCUCCGGCAAUGUUUCGAAUCUUGCAAGAGGAGGAAGUCCGUCCUGAUGUAAGGGUUGAAGAAAUAGGAGAAAAUGAGGAAGUAGAGCAGGAAAGGAAAGCCGGUACAGUCAAAGAAGAACCAAUUGUGAUAGAGUCUGACGGGGAGAUAGAAAGAGGUUAUUGGAAUGAGGCCCGGAGAACAAUGGAAAAAAUGGAGGAUCUAGUGGCGAAGAUAGGAAGGUAUCAAGACAAAUUGACCAACAUGUGUGAAAAGGUCAAGGGAUGGAAAGGUAAAAAGCCACUGGUGUAUCUCUACGAUAUGGGUCCAGGACCGCAAGGAGGAUCUGGAAGCCUACCAGGCGUAACGAUUUCGGGACCAACGCCUUGGUCCGGAAUGGCUUACAGGCCACCAUCAAGGUCAGGAGAAGCGCCACAGGCCGUCAGGACAAGGGCCAAAAGGACGGUAAGCCCCAAUGAGCCGGCAAAGGAUAUUCUUGAGCCUAGUGGGGAAAAAGAGACAGUAGACAUCCUAGAGGACGAGGAUGAAAGAGAUGAGAGAUUAAGGACGGAAGAGGAUAAGAGGGCCGAGCUAAGAGAAAAAAAGAGGGAUGUUAAGGCAGACACGGACAGAGCUCCAGAGGGGAAGAAAAGGAAGUAUGUUGUCCGGGUAGAAGAAGGCUAUGACGUGGAGGAAAUAAUGGAUAGAAUCCUUGAGGGUCAUAAUCAUCUUAUGAACCUGAAGGAUGUGUUGGCUUCAGCUUUAAGGCUCCGGGACGAGCUCAAAGCUCGAUUAUCCAGGAAGAUGGUAGCCAGCGUGCGAUUGGGGGCCAUAAUCCCCAAGGAAGCGGAAUGGGCAGAGACAGGCACGAAGAUGGAUUGGAAGUCCGUCGCAUGUGGAUGCUUGGACGUAGUAGUAAGAGGAAAAACGUGCACGGCAAUGGUGGAUACUGGGGCAGAAAUGAACCUCAUAAAAGAGGAACAUGCCUUGCGUCUGGGGAUGGAGAUUGAUCACUCCGAUAAUGGAGUACUAAUGGGAGCGAACAGUCGACCAAUGACUGCAAUGCAUACCCGUCGAGGGAUGAUUCACAUGAAUGUCGCACCGCAAGGGUGGACGAAUGCGGUUGCCAUGGUCGAGAGACACAUGGUGAGGGCAAUGCAAUCAGUGAGUCCUCACAUUACACAACCUUACAUUGAUGAUCUGGUUGUAAAAGGGCCAAAAGAGAAGGAUGAGCAGGAGGUGAUGCCUGGGAUUAGGCGAUUUGUCUGGGAUCAUGUGCAAGAUCUUUGUAAAGUCCUAGACUUGCUGAAGGAGCAUAACCUCACUGCAAGCGGAACAAAGUCCAGAUAUUGUAUGCGUGGAGCAACGAUUUUAGGGUUUGUGUGCGACGAGAAAGGUCGUCGGCCAGACACUAAGAAAACGAACAAGAUUCUCGAAUGGACAACACCAUUCGAGACAAUUACAGAGGUAAGGAGCUUCCUGGGAACAUGUGGGUUUUGGAAAGUGUUCAUCAAAGGGUUUGUGGCAAAGACAGAGCAGUUGCGAAAGCUUGUGCGCCAAGGUCAGGAUUGGGAAUGGGGAGACAAGCAGGAGUCAGUGAUAGAGGGUCUGAAGAAAGAGUUUGAGGAAGGGGGUCUAGUGCUGGGGGUACCAGACCAUGCGGUUGUGAUGACCAGACCUUUUAUCGUAGAAACGGACGCAGGGCCGACUGCACUGGGAGAAGUACUGAUCCAGCGAGACCUCAAUGGAAAAGAACGGCCGCUAAGAUUUGAAUGUCGAACGCUUAACACAACUGAGAGGAAUUACUCUCAGUUUAAGCGCGAGACCUUGGCAGUUCGUCACUGUUUGAGGAUUUUCAGAAACUACCUCUUUGAUAGCAGGUUCAGGUUGAGGGUGGACCCAACUGCUCUAGCUAGUUCCCUUAAGAACUUCGCUCCUUCAGAUCCAACUAUUGUCAGGUGGUUGACGUACAUCUGGAUGUUUGACUUCGAAUUGGAGCGUAUCCCUGGGAACAAGAAUAGGGCAGAUGGGUUAAGUCGCAUCGACUGGGACAAAAGAAACAAAGGGGUGAUUGAGGAUACUCCGCCGGUCGACGGUUUCCUGGACAAGGAAGAGGAUGUUAAACUCCACAUUAACUCCUGGUCAUUGGUUAUAGGUAACUAUGUUACUCUUGGACGACCUAUAUGGCUCGCACCUCCAUGUCAUGUGCGGCGGUCGGAUAUAGUCCUCAAACCUUAUAUUGAGGAAGAUUCUUGGGGAAUGUCAGGAGUGGAGUGGAUGAUGGAAUUGGCUUUGGCAGAUAAGUACCAGCUACGGGAAGCCUUUGUCACAUUGGAGACCGGACCUCAGCAGAAAGAGGAGCAGACUGCAGAGAGGACCCAGAGGGGAGGGCCCUCAGGUGGAUCAGAUAUACCUCCUCACCCUGCUCAGGUACCUGAGGCCACUCAUAAACCAGGCAUGCAGCCAGAGACGUCUCAUAGGGCACAGGGUCAGGGAAAGGAUGAGGAUCAAGCUGCAAGAGAGAAGGAACAGGACAAGGAAGAGAGAGCAGCAAUAGCGAGAGAAAUCAGAGUCCAAAUCAGACUCAAGAACAUGGCGGAGCUGCACGAGAAGGUUGAGCAGGGAGAGCAGCCUGUGAUACUAGAAGACAGAAAGGAGAAUGGCUCACCCACUCAAGACGAUGAGACUCCUCUUUUCACGGAGGCUUGGGACAACUUUGAUAAGUUGUUGGAGGCAGCAGGGAGGCCCAGGGAGCAGCAUCAGGAGAUGGGGGUUAAGCUGGUCUCUACAGACUUGCUUAGCCUGAAGGGCCUUAUGAAGGAGGGUUUUGCGGUGGCCAAGACUUCUGAUGAAAAGAUGGAGAAGAGGUUGACUAGGGUGGCGUGGGCGUCUCAUGAAAAGAGAAUAGAUUGGCAGAAAGAAAUUGGUGACCUCAAGAAGGAGUUGGAGAGGCAGGACAAGGAGAUGGAGGCCCUGAAGAUUGAGGUGGAGAAGGCUUGGGCAGGCAACGAGGCCAUCACACAGGUCAACCAAACCCUCAACAAAGUCAACGACACCUUGAGGACCUACUUGCAGGUACAACUGGUGGACUGGACCGAGGUCCAGGAGUUUGAAAUCAGGAAACAGCCUGCAGAGGAGGCCUUCAAGAGUCAGAAGGUGGAAGAGAGGGCAAACGAGCAAAGGGGUGAGGAAAUCCCUCUGCUGGAUGAGAAGAUGUUCGAGCCACAAGAGACACUAGCAGGAAAGGACUUAAAGGCAGGAGAGUUUGAGUGGAGGAUGCCCACCAUCUUGGCACACGAGCAGGGACUAGUGAGGCCAGGGGUGAGGUCACCAACAGAGGCCAACAUGGAUGAGGCUGCACCACCUACAAUUCAGAGGGAAACUGUGGGGCAGCAGGAGGCUCAAGAGAGUAUGGGACAGGCCAGGGUUGAGGCUGAGGUAGAGGAGAAUCUGGAGGUUUCUCAGAAGACCCCACCACCUCAGGAUAUGCCUCUGGUUGCAGGUCUGGAGGAGGCGCUGGGAUCUUGGGCCACUGGAUCCGGGGCAGAGGAGCGAGUGAGUGAGCAGGUGGCGCAGACAGAGGAGAGAGCAGCCUGCCCCACUCCAUCUGAGACUCCCCAGCAGGAGGUUACGAGCGAAGUUACGGCAGUUCCAUCCUCAGUACUCUCGCAGGAAGAAGAGAAGACGACACAGAAGAAACCUGGAAAAUAUUUCUACUGUAAGAAGGGCAAACACUUCUCUGAUGAUUGCCCCAAGUUCUAUGAGGAUGAGGCGAGAGGGUUUGUUACCGGCGUAUCCACUGGGAUUUGGAGGGAUAGGAAUGGUAAUUUGGUUGAGAGGUCUUGUGAUGGUGGUAGAAUGCAGUUGUACAGACAGAUAGGUGAGGUGGUGAUUGACCAGGAUUUGACAUUAAGGUCCGGAAAGGUCUAAACCUUGGCAUGAGUAAAUAUACCUCUGAAUC